GAUGAAUUGUCAGACAGUUUUUAUUGUGUUGCGGUUGUUUUCGGGAAAUAAAUAAAUUAUCCACUUUAUUGUAAUUAAAUAUACCCAGAUUCUAUACAACUGUGUCUUAGAAGAAUUGCUCUCGGAGUUUAUGAUUUGAUGUUUACAACGCUAUAAACUGUGACGCACUUUCUAAGGUGCGUUUCGGGCGUAGUACCGAUGUGUUAGUGGUGCAGCUGGUGUGACUAUCAGCCACCAUGUCAUCGGUGAAGGUGGCGGUAAGGGUCCGCCCCUUCAACUCGCGCGAGAUAGCGCGGGACUGCAAAUGUAUCAUCGAAAUGUCUGGCAACACUACAGUGAUUCAAAAUCCUAAAGCACCUCCGGGCAACAAGGAACCUCCUAAAAGCUUCAACUUUGAUUUCUCCUACUGGUCUCACAAUCCGAGUGACCCGGAGUUCUCAUCCCAGGUGAUGGUGUACAAAGAUAUCGGCGAAGAAAUGCUUCAACAUUCCUUUGAUGGCUACAAUAUAUGCAUAUUCGCCUACGGACAGACGGGUGCGGGGAAGUCCUAUACCAUGAUGGGAAGGGGAGAGGAAGGCCAAGAGGGGAUUAUACCUCAAAUUUGCAAAGAUUUGUUUAGGCGCAUUCGACAAACCACCUCGGAAGAUCUUAAAUAUUCGGUUGAAGUAUCCUACAUGGAAAUAUACUGCGAGCGGGUUCGUGACUUACUGAACCCUAAAAAUAAAGGGAACCUUCGGGUUCGUGAGCACCCAGCUCUUGGGCCCUACGUGGAGGACCUCAGCAAGCUCGCUGUUAUGUCCUAUCAAGACAUAUACGAUCUCAUCGAUGAGGGUAACAAGGCUAGGACGGUCGCAGCUACGAACAUGAACGAGACGUCGUCUCGUUCACACGCUGUUUUCACGAUUUUUUUCACACAACAAAGACACGACAAGACGACUAACUUGGUUUCUGAAAAGGUGUCAAAAAUAUCCUUGGUGGAUCUCGCCGGAUCCGAGCGAGCUGAUUCCACAGGCGCUAAAGGAACGAGGCUGAAAGAGGGGGCGAACAUCAAUAAGUCACUGACGACACUCGGAAAAGUCAUUUCAGCUCUGGCUGAAAUUUCGGCAUCAAAAACUAAGAAGUCGAAGAAAGCUGACUUCAUUCCUUACCGUGACUCGGUGCUCACGUGGCUGCUGCGUGAGAAUCUCGGCGGGAACUCCAAGACCGCCAUGAUAGCGGCCAUAUCACCGGCUGACAUUAACUACGAUGAAACUCUUAGUACAUUGAGAUACGCAGAUCGCGCUAAGCAAAUCGUUUGCAAAGCCGUUGUCAACGAAGACGCGAAUGCGAAACUUAUCCGUGAACUCAAAGAAGAAAUACUCAAACUACGCGAACUUCUCAAAGCCGAAGGCAUCGACGUCGAAGAAGGACCAGAUGGUAGAGUCGUUUAUGAAAAGAAAGAACAGCCUACCACAGGAGAAGAGAACGCGUCGCCGAUGCGUAAGAAGAGCGAGUCUGAAUCUGCCUUGUCGCCCAAGCUGUCUCGAGCAGCUACCACUAUUGCUGAAGAAGCUGUCGACCAGCUACAGGCUUCUGAAAAGCUUAUUGCGGAACUCAACGAAACCUGGGAAGAGAAACUGAAGCGCACUGAACAAAUCCGCGUUCAGCGCGAAGCGGUCUUCGCUGAAAUGGGUCUUGCGGUUAAAGAGGGCGUCACUGUAGGCGUUUAUUCGCCGAAGAAAACUCCUCACUUGGUUAACUUGAACGAGGAUCCCAAUCUCUCAGAAUGUCUUCUUUAUUACAUCAAAGACGGUGUCACACGUCUCGGCACCGCCGAAGGCCACGUUCCGCAGGACAUCCAGCUCUGCGGCUCUCACAUCCUGAGCGAGCACUGCAUCUUCGAGAACACGGAUGGCGUGAUCUGCCUCAUACCGCACCGCGGUGCACUCAUUUAUGUCAAUGGACGAGAGGUAAACGAACCUAUAAUUUUGAAGACUGGAUCUCGCGUGAUCCUCGGAAAGAACCACGUUUUCCGAUUCACUCAUCCCGGACAGCCACGCGAAGAACCCGUGUCGAACAAGGAUACCGUCAGCGAUACGCCCGGAACGAACACGGAUAGCGCACCAAGUGUCACGGAGACAGUUGAUUGGGACUUUGCGCAAUGCGAGUUAUUGGAGAAGCAAGGAAUCGAUUUGAAGGCCGAGAUGCAGAAACGAUUAAUGGCCUUAGAGGAACAGUUCCGCAGGGAGAAGGAACACGCUGAUCAGCAGUUUGAAGAGCAGCGAAAGAACUACGAAGCUCGUAUCGACGCACUUCAGAGGCAAGUGGAAGAGCAGAGCGUCACCAUGUCUAUGUACAGUUCCUACACGCCGGAGGACUUCCACAACGAUGAGGAUAUAUUCGUGAAUCCCCUGUUUGAGACAGAAUGCUGGUCGGCGCGCGAGGUGGGGCUGGCGGCCUGGGCCUUCCGCAAGUGGAAGUACCAUCAGUUCACCUCGCUCCGAGACGACCUGUGGGGGAACGCGAUCUUCCUCAAGGAAGCGAACGCGAUAUCCGUGGAGCUGCGCAAGAAGGUGCAGUUCCAGUUCACGCUGCUGACGGACACGCCGUACUCGCCGCUGCCGGCCGAGCUGGCGCCGCGCGACGACGGCGACGACGACUACCGCCCCUCCGCGCCCACCGUCGUCGCCGUCGAGGUCACCGACACCAAGAACGGCGCCACGCACUACUGGACGCUCGAGAAGCUGCGACAACGCUUAGAACUGAUGCGCGAGAUGUACCACAACGAGGCUGAGCUGUCGCCCACCUCGCCCGAUCACAACAUCGAGUCGGUCACCGGCGGUGAUCCGUUCUACGAUAGAUUCCCUUGGUUCCGUCUAGUUGGACGGAGCUUCGUAUACUUGUCGAAUCUUCUGUACCCGGUUCCACUUAUUCACAAGGUGGCUAUAGUGAAUGAGAAAGGAGACGUGAAGGGCUAUCUCCGGGUAGCUGUACAGGCAGUCAUCGACGCCGAAAAAAAUAACGCCGAAUUCGCUGCUGGUGUAAAGCAGUCAGCUAAAAUCUCAUUUGACGACGAUAUCGUGCCAGCUCGGUCUAGGCUCAAGGCGAUUUCGAGCGUUGAGAAGAACAACGCCAUUAACGCUAUCAAUAUCGAAGACCGACCCGAACAGGACUCAAAUAUCAAGAUUGAAGAACUAGCAGUCGGAGAAUGCGACGCCGACAGCGGUCGGGGCGACAGCUCGCUGGCCUCGGAGCUGAAGGAGGAGGACCUGCCCGAGCACCUCACGCUGGGUCGGGAGUUCACGUUCCGUGUGACCGUGCUGCAGGCCCACAGCGUGUCCACGGACUACGCAGACGUAUUCUGCCAGUUCAACUUCCUGCAUAGAAAUGAAGACGCUUUCUCGACCGAGCCUGUCAAGAAUGCCGGAAAGAACACACCUCUUGGAUUCUACCACGUGCAAAAUAUCACCGUUCCAGUGACGAAGUCGUUCGUCGAAUACAUAAAAUCGCAACCGAUAGUUUUCGAAGUUUUCGGACAUUAUCAGCAACACCCGCUGCACAAGUCGAGUGAGUUGCGGCCGGUUCUGUGGCAGGACGCGAAGCAGGACGGGCCGGUGGGCCGCGCCCCCCCGCGCCGCAUGCUGCCCCCCUCGCUGCCCAUCUCGGCGCCCGUGCGCAGCCCCAAGUGGGGCGCGGCCAGCGUGGCGCCGCCCUGCUGCUCGUCGCACCUGCACUCCAAGCACGACCUGCUCGUCUGGUUCGAGAUCUGCGAGCUGGCGCCCAGCGGCGACUACGUGCCGGCGGUUGUGGAGCACAGCGACGAGUUGCCGUGUCGAGGCUUAUUCCUCCUACACCAGGGGAUCCAGCGACGUAUUCGCAUCACUAUUCUUCACGAACCAUCGUCUGACUUGCAGUGGACUGAUGUCAGGGAACUCGUCGUUGGACGCAUUCGCAAUACACCAGAGCCAAACGAUGACUCAAACGACGGCGACGAGGACGGAGCCCUGUCUCUCGGCCUGUUCCCCGGAGAACGACCGUCUUUGGAUGAUCGAGCUGUGUUCAGGUUCGAAGCCGCCUGGGACAGCAGUCUGCACGGAUCGCCUCUCCUGAACAGAGUCAGCGCGAACGGAGAAGUUGUGUAUAUUACACUAAGCGCUUAUCUUGAGGUGGAGAACUGCGGGCGGCCGGCCAUCGUGACGAAGGACCUGUCGGUGGUGGUGGUGGGGCGCGAGGCGCGCACGGGCGCGGGCCGCUCGCUGCGCCGCGCGCUGUUCGGCUCCCGCGCCGCGCGCGCCGACCGCCUCACCGGCCUCUACGAGCUCAGCCUGCACCGCGCGCUCGAGCCGGGUGUCCAGCGUCGUCAGCGUCGCGUGUUGGAUACGAGCGGCACGUACGUGCGCGGGGAGGAGAACCUGCACGGCUGGCGCCCGCGCGGCGACUCGCUCAUUUUCGACCAUCAGUGGGAGCUUGAGAAGAUGACACGGCUCGAGCAAGUCGGUCGGACAAGACAUUUCCUGGCGCUCCGCGAGCGCCUCCGUCACGGACACGAAAACACAGUCGCACCUAACGACUUUACUAAGACAGAGAAGGAGGUGAGCAACAUGGCGGCGAAGGCUGCGUCGGAGUGCGCGUACGCCCGCGACGACGCCGUGUACGAGCCGUGGGACAUGAGUCCGCGCGAGCGCGACCUCGCCUCCAAGUUCAUCAAGCUCAUACAGGGAAGAAUAGGCAAUAACAACAAGGACGUAGAUGCGGCGGUAUCACCCGCCACGCCUGUGGACGAAGGCGUCUCGGCCGAUAUCUCGACGCCCAGUCUUCUGUCCUCCAUACACAGUGCCAGUAGCUUCGAGCUGUGCUCCCCGGAGCGCGCGCUGCUGGAGAAGGCGGCGGCGGCGGGCGGCUGGGGCGCGGCGGGCGUGUCGGGCGCGCUGGCGGGCUCGCUGCUGGGCGCCGGCGCGCUGUUCGUGCCCGACUGCGAGGAGGUGCGCGUGUCGGCCGCCGUGGCGCGCCGCGGGUACCUCAACGUGCUGCAGCACGGCACGCACGGCUGGAAGAAGCGCUGGCUGGUGGUCCGUCGGCCGUACGUGUUCAUCUACCGCGAUGAGCGCGACCCGGUUGAGCGCGCCGUCAUCAACCUCGCCAACGCGCACGUGGAGUACUCGGAGGACCAGGAGCAGAUGGUGCGGAUGCCGAACACAUUCAGUGUGGUGAGCAAGGAGCGUGGCUACCUACUGCAGACCUUAGGAGACAAGGAGGUGCAUGACUGGCUGUAUGCGAUAAACCCGCUGCUCGCCGGACAGAUUAGGUGUCCGCGCGCAGGUCGCGGUCGUCGCGCCGCCGCCCCGCUCCCCCCGCGCCGCCCGCUCCCCCCGCGCCCCCCGCCGCGCGCCUCGCCGCAUGAGACGCCCUCACCAUGGAGUCUAUACUCGUUUAUUAAGUGCGUCGCCGACCGACGGACGCUCGCGCACAGACCGCUCCCCGCUUUGCGGACCUCGGAUAGAUAUUGAAACGGCCCCCUAGGCUUUUGCUCGAUCGCUCGACGAGCUCCGGGUACGGGCGAGCUGCUGAAGUAUAAAUAAUCAUUUUUGUUAUUCUAUGCAGUCGUGCGAAUAUGUUCGAACGCGACGGACCGAAAUUCGUAUCCAGAGCUCGAU